GCGAUGUCGUCCGGCGUUCCCGUUCUCCACUGGAACUUUGGAAUCGGUCCGAUCACUUGUCACGCUUGGAAUAAGGAUCGCACUCAAAUUGCCGUAUCCGCGUCGUCAAAUGAUAUUCACAUUUUCGAGUGGCGCAACGGAGAUUGGCAAUCAAUCCAUACGCUUUCCGAGCACGACCUUCCUGUAACAGGCCUCGACUGGGGUACAAAAACCAACAGAAUCGUCUCAUGUUCCCAGGAUAAGAACGCUUUCGUGUGGACAUUCGACAAAAACGUGUGGAAGCCCGAGCUCGUGCUCGUCCGCUUUAAUCGCGCCGCCACUUAUGUCAAAUGGUCUCCGCUGGAGAACAAGUUUGCCGUCGGAAGUGGCGCUAAGCUGGUGUCUGUCUGCUAUUAUGAGAAGGAAAAUGACUGGUGGGUCUCGAAACAAAUCAAGAAGCCGAUUCGCUCCACCGUCACCUGCCUUGAUUGGCAUUCGAACAAUGUUCUUCUGGCCGUUGGAUCGUGUGAUUUCAAGUGUCGUGUAUUUUCUGCCUACGUGAAAGAGGUCGACGAGAAGCCGUCGCCAAAUCCGUGGGGGCAAAAAAUGCCGUUCGGACAGUUGAUGAGUGAAUAUUCCGUCGGUGGAUGGGUUCAUCGAGUCGCUUUUUCGCCGUCCGGGUGUCGGUUGGCUUUUGUUUCUCAUGAUUCAUCGGUUUCAUUUGUCGAUUCGACAGUUGACAGCCAAAAAGUUCAAAACUUGCUGACCAUUCAUCUGCCGUUCACAACAGUCGAAUGGAUUACUGAGAACAGUGUUGUCACGGCUGGUCACGACUGCUCGCCGGUGCUCUUUGUAGUGUCUCAAGAUGUUUUGAAAGAAGUUUGCAAAUUGGAUGUCCCAUCAGCGGCCAAGUCAUCGACGGUUAACAGUGCUCUUCAGCUGUUCAAAAAUAUCGAUCGAAAUAAUGCUGCGGAAAAGAUUAACGUCGCCUUGAAGACACUCCAUCAAAAUCGAAUUACUCAAAUCCUACCUCACUCUGGAACCGUCGGAAAUGUUGUGAAAUUCACAACAUGUGGAACUGACGGAAUUGUUGCACUUUGGGAUUUGAAGGAAACGAUAGAAUUUUGUCGGAAUCACCCAUCACUCGUCUAAACCGCCGUCAAGUCUUCCUCAAUCAAUUUACCAACCAAAAAAAAAAAUUAUCACCAAUUAUAUUGCUCCAUCUCGAAUUCCCCAGCUAUUUAUGUGAUUUUUUUGUUUAUUUUUUCAGUGUACAUUUAAAAAAAUUCUUCCCCCCGUUUAUCUCGAUUUUUUAUCACGACCCAUUGAAGAUUUGCUUUAACCUGAAUCCUUUAUUCUUCUGAAUAUUUUUUUUUUCUACAUUUUUAUAUUCAUUAAUGCAGCAAUUUUGUUUUCCCCGGC